AUGGUGACCCCCUCCCCCACCAGCCCCGCGAGCCCUACCGCCCGGCCUGGGAGGCGCGACAACGACCCGAACCUCCGCGCCCCGGUGAAGAAGAGCAGGCGCCCGCGCCUCCGAAGGAAGCAGCCGCUGCAGCCCCUGAGCCCGUGCCAGCUGCCCGGAGACUCCGGCGUUUGCGACCUGUUCGAGUCCCCCAGCUCCGGCUCGGACGGCGCAGACAGCCCCGCGGCGUCGGCAGCGCGGGGCUGCAGCCCCCUGCCCGGCCCUGCCCAGCCGUUGGCGCCGCUAGACCUGCAGACCUUCCGCGACUACGGUCAGAGCUGCUACGCCUUCCGCAAGGCUCAGGAGAGUCGCUUCCACCCGCGGGAGUCGCUGGCGCGGCAGCCACAAGUGACGGCCGAAUCCCGCUGCAAACUGCUCAGCUGGCUGAUCCCCGUGCACCGCCAGUUCGGCCUCUCCUUCGAGUCGCUGUGCCUCACGGUGAACACGCUGGACCGUUUCCUCACCACCACGCCCGUGGCCGCAGACUGCUUCCAGCUGCUCGGGGUCACCUCCUUGCUCAUCGCUUGCAAACAGGUGGAGGUGCACCCGCCGCGCGUGAAGCAGCUGCUGGCCCUGUGCUGCGGGGCCUUCUCCCGGCAGCAGCUGUGCAACCUGGAGUGCAUCGUGCUUCACAAGCUGCAUUUCAGCCUGGGCGCGCCCACCAUCAGCUUCUUCCUGGAGCACUUCACGCACGCGCGCGUGGACGCCGGGCAGGCGGAGGUCUCGCAAGCGCUGGAAGCCCAAGCCCUGGCGCGGGGCGUGGCCGAGCUGAGCCUGGCCGACUACGCCUUCACCAGCUACGCCCCCUCCCUGAUGGCCAUCUGUUGCCUGGCGCUGGCUGACCGCAUGCUUCGGCUCCCGCACCCCUUGGACCUGCGCCUGGGCGGGCACCCCGAGGCUGUGUUGCAGGACUGUAUGGGCAAGCUCCAACUGUUGGUGGCCAUAAACAGGACCUCUCUGACGCACAUGCUGCCCCUCGAGAUCUGUGAGAAGUGCAGCCUGUGCCCGAGCCGAGCCUGACAUAAAGCAGAGCUGCCCUCGCUGCCAGCCUGCCCGCCCAGCUGCGGGACCUCUCCCCCAUGGCCUCAUUAAGGUGCGGAGGCUCCACAGAGGGGGCCUCCUGCAGAUUGUAAAUAAUGGACGAUUAUAGAAUGUAGUAGGUUUAUUUAUUUUGCUGAGAACACAGGAGCCAGCUGAAUUCUUUGUCCAAUAAACAG